AUGCUCGAUGAUGAGCUUCAGUCGGCUCUCGACAAGCGCGCUGCCAAAGGAACCCUCCGUCAGCUCACAGUGUACCCCACUAUCCCAUCCUCGUCUUGUUCUUCCGCCACGGCCGCUUCAUCUCAGCAACCACUAGUAGAUUUCUCGAGCAACGACUACCUCAGCCUCGCUACCUCUUCACGCGUUUGCGCCGACUUUGCCUCGAUCGUCACUCGCAACUCAACGCUCUCCUCUCAACUCGGCAGUGCAGGCUCCCGACUGCUCGAUGGCAACUCUGCGAUCCAUGAAGAGAUCGAGAACGACCUCACCGAGCAUUUUGGAUCUUCGACAGCUGGUCUGCUCUUCAACUCGGGCUACGAGGCCAAUGUGUCGCUGCUCAGCACGCUGCCUCAACCCAAAGAUGUGGUCAUCUACGACGAGCUCGUUCACGCUUCUGUACACGAUGGGCUCAGGCGGUCUCGGGUGCCCGCUCAUCUGCGAAUCCCGUUUCAGCAUAACUCGGUCGAACAUCUCGAGCAGAUACUUGCUCGUUUGAAGCAAGAUGGAACGCUGACAACAGGAUGUAGCAGCAGCAGCAGUAGCGGCGGCAGCGGUACCGGGGCUACUGGGCGAAACGUCUGGCUGGCGGUGGAGAGCGUUUACUCGAUGGACGGCGAUGUGUGUCCCUUGGAGUCGUUGCUGGAUACCAUGUCCCGCUAUGUCGAUCGCAAUCGCAUCUGUACCGUCGUCGACGAGGCCCACUCCACAGCGCUGUACGGCUCGCGCGGGCGCGGACUGGUCAAUGCUUUGGGUCUGCAAGCCGAUCCACGAAUUGCAGCACGCCUCAUGACAUUCGGCAAAGCAUGGGGAGCUUCAGGAGCCAUUGUGCUCUGCAGCAAGACAGCAAGACAUUACCUCAUCAACUACGCCCGGCCGCUCAUCUUCAGCACUGCUCUAGGCUACCCGCAGCUCGCGUCGAUCCUCGCAUCAUUCAACUCGAUCAAGGACGGCACCGCGCAAGUUGCGGCGCGCAAGACAUUCUCCAACGCUAGAAGGCUCGUUGAUGGCUUUGAGGCUGUCAUUCGAGCACAAACAGCGGGUACACAGAGAAGCGUUGCACUGCCGCCUCAUCUUCGACCCGACUUUGCCGGUAGUGGUGGGAAGCAGCGCGAGGAAACCGACUUUGUGAGCUGGUCGAUGCAGCAGCCAUCGCCGAUCAUUCCGCUGUUGACGGACCACGCUAGAGAUCUUGCAGCGCAUCUGAGGUCGAACGGCUUGCUGGCAAGGCCGAUUUGCUAUCCUACGGUGCCUAAGGGGGAAGAUAGGGUAAGGAUCUGCGUUCAUGCGGACAACACGGUGGAGGACAUAGAUCGGCUCAUUCAAUGUGUCAGGCAGUGGGUCGAUGCAGACGAAAGACAGCUGAGGGGACUCGCAAGAGGAGCACAGGAUGGCCGAAUCAGGACGUCUGCUCAGCUGCUGGCGUCCAAAUUGUAA